AUGUCAGAAAACUUACAAAAUCAAAAGGACUUUAUACAAGAGAAUUAAUUGAUUAAACAAUCAUUACUCCAGUAUUGGCUCAAGAUUUCAAAAACUCUUGAUGAAGAAUAUGAAGAGAUUCUUUAAUUGGGGUCUGACUCUGAUCCUAUUGAUAUUAUUAAUGCAUUAUUUAUAAUUGAAGAUGCUCGAUAAGAAUAAUUGAAGUCAGAUAAACAACAAUUAGAGACAUUGAAGAAUUAAAUUGAAUCAUAAAAAUAAGAAAUUGUUGAUUUGUAAUAAUAAAAUGAGAAAUUACCAUAAUCUAAUAGCAAACCAGAAUUCAAUUCCGAAGUAAGACAAUUAGAGAUAAAAAUCAAUGAGUUAUCCUUAGCACUUGUGAAAAGUAAGGAAGAAAAAGUUAUUUACAUGGAGUAGGCUCAAAAAUAGAUAUAACUUCUUAAAGAAUAAGAAUUAGAAUUGAAGAGCAAAUUAUAAAUGAUGUAAUUUGAAAAGUCAAAGAAAUCAUCCUUUGCUGAAAUAGAAGAAAACGUAAGGAAAGGUUCUAAAGAUUAUAUUGAAGAGGACAUUUCCAGAUAAUCUGUUUCUCCUUAGACAUAAAAAAUCAAAUUAGAUCAUUCCAAACCAUGCAUAAGUUAAAGCUUGAAAAAAUUAACUAAAGUAGAUUAGGUUUAAGGAGCAUCAUAAUCAUCCUUUAGGUUUGGUAAUAAAUGA